UGUUUUUGGGCACUUGGAGCUUGUUUUGAAGUGGCAAUAGCUUUGGCUAUAAUGCCAACUUUUGGUUGGAGAUGGCUUCUUAUUUUAUCAACAAUACCACUUUUUAUAUUUGCUAUUAUCACUCCAUGGUUACCAGAAUCUACAAUAUUUGAUAUAACAAAUGGAAGAAUGGAUAAGGCUGUUUCAACUUUAGAACGAGUAGCAAGAGAAAAUAAAAAACCUUUACCUCCAGGCAGAUUAGUUAUGGAUCGCUUCUAUCAAGUUAAUCAUGGCAAAUUAAAAGAUGUAUUAAGUAAAGAAAUGUGUAGAACAUCUACUUUGCUUUGGCUUGUAUGGAUGAGUACAGCAUUUUGUUAUUAUGGUGUUGUACUAAUGACUACAGAAUUAUUUCAUACAUCAUCUGAACAAUGUAGUUCAUGGGAAAAUGAAAAAGAUGUUUGUCAAUUAGAUUGUCGUUUAGAACGUAGCGAUUAUAUUGAUCUUCUUUGGACAACAUUAGCUGAAUUUCCAGGAAUUUUUUCUACUAUUUUUGCAAUUGAAAAAAUUGGUAGAAGAAAAACAAUGGCUUUUCAACUAAUAAUGUUUGCCAUGCUUUGUUUUCUAGGCAGAGCAUGCCUAUUAAACAGAGUAGCAUUAACAUUGACAAUUUUUUUAGCUAGAGGUUUAAUUGCAGGCGUAUUUCAAGCAGCAUAUGUGUAUACUCCAGAAGUAUAUCCAACUCAUUUACGUAGUAUUGGCGUUAGUACAUGUAGCGCAAUGGCUAGAAUUGGUGCAAUGGUUACACCAUACAUUGCACAAGUAUUUCUUCAAUGGUCUAUUACUGGAGCAAUGGCAAUUUAUGCUACAACAGCAUUAUGUGCUGCAAUAGCUACACUUGCUUUACCUGUUGAAGCGAGAAAUCAUACAUCUAAUGAAUCUCAAGAAACGAGAUAAAAUUUUGAUGAAUAUUCCAGUUUUUUUCUCUUUUUAAUAUUGAAAUAUUUUAAAAAACAAAAUAUAUUUUUAUUGACACU